AUGGGGACCUGCCAUAUCCGGGGUUUGCUGUUCCUCUUUCUCCUAGGAGCCUCUGCCUCGGCCUUGGCCCAGCAGUAUUUGUAUUGUCACAAGGGUGUAUCCGUGAAUAUAGAAGAGGAUCCAACCAAUGCAUUUAACUGGACCACAGAGAAAGUUGAAACUUGUGACAAUGGAACAGUUUGCCAGGAAACCGCACUAAUGAUUAAAGCGGGGACCAAGACAGCUGUUUUGGUCACCAAGGGCUGCAUAUCCGGAGAGAUGCAGAUACUGACGUUUGUCCAGCACACUCCACCCCCUGGCCUGGUUGCAGUCUCCUACAGUAGCUACUGCGACGAUUCCUUCUGUAACGACAAAAACAGCUUAUUUCAGUUUUGGAAUCGAGAAGAGACCUCAGUUUCCACUGAGCCAACAACCCUCCAGUGCCCAACCUGCGUGGCUUUGGGGAACUGUUCCAGUGCUCCUUCUCUUCCCUGUCCCAGAGGUACAACUCGAUGCUAUGAAGGAAAACUAGAGAUUACUGGAGGUGGCAUCGAGUCAUCUGUGGGAGUCAAAGGCUGUACAGCCAUGAGGGACUGCAAGCUGAUGGCCAGUGUCUCCACAGUAGGACCCAUGUUGGUGAAGGAAAUCUGCCCAAAGCAGCUUCUUACUGAACCCAGAAAGGCUGAAAAUGGAGCCACGUAUCUUCCCAUUUCAGUUUGGAGGUUACAGCUGCUGCUGCCAUUGCUGCUACAAUUGUUUGUCCAUUUUUCCUGAGAAGGUGCUUCUGGUCCUAGGUCUCAGGACACCUUUGUUCACUGGGAGCCUGG